GAUUCUGUCGAGCGCGGAUCUAGUCCGAUUCGUUUUCCCUCCCAGCGGUGUAAUUGUUCUGAUAGUGAAGUUUCUUCUGCUGUUGGCGGUUUUGUUACGUACGGUAGGCAAAGUGAAGUGUGGUAAGGUGAAGGUGAAGUAGAGCACCUUUUGCGAGCUUCGGUUGCGGGUUGCUUCGACGAGACCUUUAAGGUUCAGCAAACCUUUUUUUUUUCCCGUCGUCAGUGGAAGUGUGCUGAGGAAAAUAAUAACUACCAUUUCCCGUACCUUACGCGCAGGAAGUGUUUGACUAGUAAAAAGUGCUUUGGCUGAGAUUUGCAGUGAUAAAGAAGGAUAAGGCCCACAAUUGUUGAUCACUUAUUUAUAGUGGAUGAAUUUUUCAGCAGCCACCUGGUGCUUUACAGUGUUCACAUCAAUUUCUGAAACGUGCGAAGGAUUAUUACGACGAAUCGAAUCAAGAAAGCCCAUUUAACUUGGUAGUGAGUGAAAUUAGGGUCCAAUAAGUAUACUUCACACUGAACAUCGAAAUCCACCGGCACCGUAAUACCGAUAUAUUAUUGAAGUUGAAGAGUGUUUUUGUAACCGUUUGCGGAUCGGUUUAUUUGAUUUGGCUCCAGUUUGUUUUUGCUACGAUUACCCUUUCACCUCGGAGCUUGGGAUCUGUGUUGGUGGGGCAACUUCAGUGGCAUAGGGAUUUAAAACGGAUAAGGAGAGAAUCCCGCAUCGUAAUCGAGUGUAAUUGGAAAUUUAUGAUACACAUUUGUUUUCGAAUAUCAAGUUGAAUCCAGUUUAAACAGACCCGUCUCGUGCGAGUUAACGGAAAGAGUGCUUCGACAAAUCAAUACGUUUUCGGAUUGUUGUUGGACUAAAAGCUGUUUAGUAGUGACUUCUGGACUAGAUAGUUUUGGGCUUGUUAAAUCUUAACAAUCGUAACUCGAUCGUUUUCAUGCGAACCGAUUUUAGUGCAGCUGUAUUUCAAUAGCUGUGAUCAGGAUUGAAACAUAAAUCCCGCUCACACACCUAUGUAUGUAUUGCACACCACACCGGAACACUGUGCAAUCGUCCAGUAUCGAGAUCCUUUGAAUGAAUAUUCAAUCGCCAGCGACUCCCAUCUGCCGACACAUUGUUUCGACACUCUCUACUUCAGCUCCAGCCUAAAGCUGUUUAUCGACAUGUGGCGGUUCUUCCGUGAUAUAAGAACCCUAAGCGCAACAGGAUCCCUGCUCAUCGUUACGUUGUUUUUAUUCCAUGGUGGCCUUCAAAACGGGGCGAUUGCGGUUGACCCAGUCGGAACCGGUGGCCCUUCGAUGGUACACGAGGGUGAGGAUGCCCUGUUGACCUGUGUCGUAAUGACACCGUACAACAACGACACGGUGCUGUGGCGAAAAGGUCCGAACGAGAUCCUGUCUGCGGGCGUAAAUCGUGUUACAAGCGACAAACGCAUCAGCAUUUUACACGACGACUCUCCCAACGGCAGAACCCCCCUGGGCGGCGACGUUUGGGUACUGCUAAUUAAAGACGCCCGUCUAAACGAUUCCGAUGUUUACGUGUGCGAAGUGAAUAGCGAUCCGGUGGUACGAAGUUUCCAUCCCCUGCGAGUUAAAAAGUCGAAGAAAUCGAACAUAACUGAGCUGACAGCAGCAUCUGAAACAACGACGUUAGCCGAGAGCAAGCAGCGCAACUCCAAUGAGCAGGACGAUGAGGAAGAUGAUGAAGUCACUCCCCUUGGAAGUCCACGACUCAGUCAUGACUUUACCGGUUGCUGUCAGUCAACCAACGUCAGCGAGGCGUGUUUGGGAUUUUGUGUACUGCACAACAUUCUGGAAGGGAACACCGGGGUAGAACCAGAACAGUGCGAAAAAGACUUUCCCAACAUUGUGAAGUGUAUGGCAGAUGGUCGAAACCACGUACCUUGCUGUGUGGAAAAGGGAAUACCGGAUCUCUGUCAGGACAUGUGUCGAGGAGAGUAUACUCCAUUCACGGAUCUGCUGAAAUCGCGUGUGUCCUGUGUACAACACACCCUUCCCGGACUUCAAUGUAUACUGGAUAACAUUAAGAAAUUACCCUCCGUACCACAAUCCGUCUUUGUUGAACCAUUGACAGAACGAUCUCUACAAAUUAGUUGGUCUCCACCGGAACAAUUGUCCAAAACAGUCAAAUACUACCAAAUCAACGCAACUAAGUUACACUCUUUUGAUCAGGAUUUCCUGGCAAAUGCCACCAAAGAUAGUUUAAUAAGUAUUCAAGUAUCGGCCGAUCAAUACUCGGCUAUUCUCAGCAAUCUGGAACCGUUUACGAUGUACACGGUCACUGUGAGUGCUCACAACGAUUUAGGGUCCAGCCUGCCCAGUGUCCGGAUACGAGCGUUGACUUUGGAGAACGGUGGUGGUAGCAAGCAGACCAGUGUGGCCGUCGUUCCCGUACUGCCAGACGUUCGCGGUUGCUGCAUAAAGAAUGGCGUUACCCACCGGACCUGUUUGGAUAAAAUGUGCGAUCCGGUAAAAGCUGAUUUCACCGAGGUCCCGGAUCUGAUGGUUUGUGCUCCCUGGGCUAAUAUCACAUUCGGCUGUUUGGCUAACAAAAUAGAUCACACUUCGUGCUGUAAAUCACGUGGAAUUGCGGACGGAUGUUUGGCAUUCUGUUCCGGCACAGUAAAAGCUAUCAAUUUCAACUAUUUCAAGUGUCUUCAGUACAUGUCCGACUAUAGCAGCUGCCUGCUUCAGGGCUACGGUGUACUGUCGGGUCCCCCAUCGAAGUUGAAGGCACCGCUGAUUGCGUCACAUUUUGUGGUACUCGAAUGGAAACCACCUAAAAUUCUUCCGGAUACGGUAACAUCCUACCAUCUGCACUACAGGCGACUGGGUAGUGGUGAAGAAUACAGCGUUAUGGAGAAGGAUCAAUCACCAGUCAUCAUUGAAGAUCUGGAAGCGGGACAAUAUUACGAAGCUUUUGUAGUUGCAGCGAAUGCCCAUGGAAAGGGCGGACCCUCUCCGCGGCUGGUGUUCCAAACUAAAAGAGAAACUCAAAUUGAACCGGUGACUCCUGCAUACAAUAUCUCGUCUUGCUGUCACGCUUCUGGAUUACUGCCGCAGUGUGCUCCGCUCUGUAGUUAUGACGUGAGAAUGUCGGAUCUGCAAAAACUGGGAAAUAGCUGCAGAGGACAAAUUGGAACUAUUGUUCGCUGUAGCGCCGGUGGUCGCGAUCACUCUUCCUGUUGCGCUCGUCGAGCCGUUCCGCCCAAAUGUCAGUCACUGUGCCGUGGGGUAAUCACACAGUCUCCGGCUGACUGUUUGCCAUACGCCGGAAACAUCAUCCAGUGCUUUGAGGAAGGAAUCGGUCACAUCCCAUCUCCGGUGGAAGAUCUACAUGUCACCUCGGUUACGAAUACUAGCAUUUCGCUUGCCUGGGUUCCAUCGGAAGUUGAUCCGAAUAAUACGGAUACACAGGCCUCUGAUUAUGUUGUUCAGUAUGGAAAGGUCGAUAACAUGACCAUGUACGAAACCAUCAUUAAACUGGAUAAUGAAGUAAACACGACAGAAACUGACAUCGAACUAACUAACCUAGAACCGAAGGGUCUCUACAGAAUAACCGUUAUCGCUCGAGGGCUGCAUGGGUCAUCUCUCCCAUCUUCCAUGCUACUGAUCAACACUUCACGAACGGACGCUGCCAGUACCGUGUACGGUGCUCCUUCUCCUCCACAUUCACUUUCCGUGUCAUCUCACAGCGCCACCUGGAUAACAGUAGCGUGGCAGCCGCCUGAAUUCUCACAUCCUCAUGAAACCAUCACAUACAGGGUGAUUCACAAGGUGGCUAAUAAUUUCACGGUCAUCGAUACCAGACUGUUGUGGGUCCGAAUUUCAAACCUGCAACCGAAUACUCAACACAUCGUAUAUGUGGUAGCCUUGGGCGCUAAAGGAACUAGUCUACCGUCCGAGACAUUAGUUGCUUGGACGGACCCAGCACUUCCAGCUUUUGUUGACCCUCCAACAGUGCACCCUUCGGAUAUUAUCUCAGAAGGUGGUUCGAUGACAAUUCUGUGUCUUGCCUUGGGAAAUCCUGCCCCAACGAUCUCACUUUAUGUUGGUGGGCACUUGGUACGACAGGACACCUCACGGCACAUGAUCACAGUCAUUCACAACGUAACCAUCGAUAUGGAACACAUAUCGUGUUACGCCGACAACGGAUACGGAAUUCCGAUGCAGGCCUCCAAAAAAGUGAACAUCAGUUUUGCUCCUCGGAUACAAGCUUCGGGAAUCACGGUAGCAUCUGUCGGUGAAUCAGUCGAUCUGAAAUGUACGGUUCGAGCAAGACCGAUUCCAAAAACGAUGUUCUGGCGAGAUCACGAUGGUCGUGUUCCAGUUAUUCAAGGGGGUAAUUUCGAUAUGUCAAUGAGAAAUGAUGUAGACGACUCCUCGCUUUACACUAUGACCCUGACUAUUAACAAACUGACAGGCCAGGAAGUCGGUGAUUAUUUCUGCCACGCAGAAAACGCUCUCGGUUCAUCAACCCGCGCCGUUUCAGUGCGGAUUCGUAACACAGCGGCCGCUUCCAACAUAUCCGAAUGCUGUGUAGCACAAAAUGUUUCAUCGGCCUGUAUGAGCGCAUGUUCGUUCUACAUCGACAUUGAGAGUGUCAUCGAUCGUCCGGAAUGUCUGGUGGACUUCGACAAACUGAUGAAGUGUGCCGCUGAUGGGUCGGAUCAUCGUGGAUGUUGCGCUUCGAAGGAUAUUCCUAGACGCUGCCUAAAUUGGUGCCGAGGAGAGCCAAUCAAUCCCCCCGGAAUAUGUGCAUUGCAGCAUACGCGAACAAUUGUCGGGUGCUUCCAGGAAAAUCGAGAACGUCUACCGGGUCCGCCCCAGAAUCUUCAAGUCCAGAUUUUGAAUGAUGAGGAAGCCAUCAUCAAAUGGGAUCCCCCAACCAAAAAUCCUCACACUGUCGAAGGAUACCGGUUGUUUUGGCACGAUAUGGAACCGGUGACGGAUAACUUCUCCAACGUUAUCAGUGGACUCGGAACAAGCCGACUUGACGCUAAGGAAACCAGCACCAAACUCGAAGGACUGAAACCAAACGUCAUGUACGAAUUGGUGAUCAAAGCCGGAAAUCAUUUCGGAGCAUCGAUCCUAUCGGAACCGCUGCGAUUCACUCUAGGCGAUAAUCAUAUCACAUCGGCUUCGCAAGCAUCGAAUGCCGGUGUGGUAAGUGGAAUCAUUGCCGGUAUUCUGGCAAUCGUGCUGGCUAUUGCAGCGCUGGUGAUUAUGAAGAAGCGAAAGUUUGGUCAGAAACAGGCCAACGGAGGGGUGGCUUUCGAAAAUCCCAGCUACCUCCGAGAGAUGAAUGUGGAACAUGUGCAGAUCCCUGCUGUUUCCGGGCAAUCCACUACCGACUGGCGGCAGGAGUCUCUGCAUUCGGCCAACGGAACUGCCACCACCGGUCUCAACCAGGACAAUUCUGUUGUACCAAUGGCAACCGAAGUUAAUCCAUCGCUUUAUGAAGAACUUAAACUCGGUCAUGAUCGGGCCGGGUUCAAAAGACUUGUUUCUUAGGAAUUGGUGAACACUGCUCCCUAGGACGAAAGAUCAAUGAUGACCUAUUUCGUGCUGAAAGGAGCUUCGGGAAACAUGAUGCAAAGUGUACUUGUAAAUACCAGUGGACAGUUCUAGAUGUGAUCAAUUGAGAUGUAUGAGGUUAGGAGAAUUGAUGCUGGACCGCUAUAUAAGGUCACAAGUCGUUCUCCAUUCGUCGUCAGCAGUUUUUUGUACUAGUUGUGAUCGAGGGAAAGAUGGUGAUGAACUUUUAGGUGCUGAAUAAGAUUUUUUAUAGGAUUAGAAUAAUUUUCUAUAGCGAAGGUUUAAGAAGAAAACUCUUCGCAUAUCAGGAGCAGGUAACUCUUAGCACUAACACACAUCACCCAGCAACCGUAUAAUUAUGUAGUACUGUAAAUUUAAGUUUACUUGAUCCAGUAGAAAGAAGACCAGAUUCCGAUAAUUAGACACUUACACCACCACCAUAACCACAACAAUCUAGUCAAAACGAUGAAAUCAGCUCACCGUAGACGCCAGUUCUCCAGUAAAAUCUGAAACGAAAACAAACCAGUCGAACAACCUUCAAGGUAGUACGAGUAACCAGUGGCAAUAAUUUUUUAAGUUACCUAAACCCUCAAGAAUUAGAUAAUUAUUUCUUAUACCAAUAAAGGAAUACUGACCGAAACAAGUACUUCUAUACAUCAUGUAAAACAUCGAACACUUUAUUUCAUUUUUUACUUUGGUUAGUGAUGUGUGUAUGAUAAUAAAAAAAAAUCGAUAAAUCUAUGCAAAGCCGUUCUAGGAAAAAAAAACAUGAAUAGUUAAUUAAUUGAGAAAUUUAUGUUCGGCAUUCUCUGCUGAUUUUUCUUCCACAUCUGGGCUUUAUUUAGAAGAAAUGCGUGUAUUAGUGUGUCAACGUUGUAAAUAAAGUCCACAUGGCAGAUGAUUUUAAUUACGUUUAGGAAAAUAGUUGGAAUAGAGAAUAGAUAAAACACAUUAAAAACACUAUUGCGUAGAUUAUGAAGGAAUUCUUUGUAAGAAAACCACUAGAGAUGCAAUAAAAAACAUUAGUUUUAUAUAAA